AUGCGCAUCAAGGAAGUAGCAUUGUCUGUUGGUCCCAACAACAGUUCUCCAAUUCAACCUCCACUUUUGACGCCUGCGGAGAGCUGGGAGCUUCUUAAGCGAAAAGCCUUUCCAAGAGAAACAUUUGAGAAGCAUGCUUGUCCACCGCAAUUCGAAGUGAUAGGAAAGGAAAUGAUUCGAAAUUGUGGAGGACUGCCUCUUGCAAUUGUAGUUCUUGGAGGCUUAUUGAGAAAUAAAAAUUCAUUGGGUGCAUGGGAAAAGGUGCAAAAAGAUGCAAAAUCACACAUCAACAAGCUCAAAUCGGAACAACAAUACCGAGUAGACGAUAUCUUGGACUUGAGCUUCCAAGAUUUGCCUUACUACUUGAAACCAUGUUUCCUUUAUUUAGGAAGCUUUCCAGAAGAUAGUGAGAUACCCAAAAGCAAGUUGAUUCGACUGUGGAUCGCAGAAGGCUUUAUAUCAACAAUGGAAAGAGAAGAUAUAGAAGGGGAAUUAAUAGAAAAUGUGGCUGAACAUUACUUGGGAGAAUUGGUUGAUAGAUGCAUGGUUCGGGUGGACAAAAGGGACCAUACAGGAAAAGGUGUCAAAACAUGCCGAUUUCAUGAUCUUAUGCGAGAUUUUUGCAUUUCUAAGGCGAAGGCAGAGAAUUUCCUAGACAUUAUGCAGGAGCACCAUAUGAACAUGAUGACGGCUGGUUCUUCUUCAGUUCAGUUUCAUCCAGCGACUCGUUUUCGCAGGAUUGUUAUUCAUGUUAACGACCACGAUCUUCAUCACCGCACACCUAAUUGGAUGGAACAAGUAGGUCCCAGUAUCCGCUCUCUUCUAUGCUUUGGAAUCGGUAAUUUAAUUCACUUGAGAUAUUUGAGGUUAAGCGGGGCUAGUGAUGAGUCAAAAUUGCCCCGCUCUAUAGGCAACUUGCAAAAUUUGCACACUCUAGAUCUUCGAGUAACCAAUAAUCCCUUUGGAAAUGAUAGCCUAACAAACAUUGAGACCUUGAAGGGCAUAUAUGCAAAGGAUUUGGUCAGUUAUGGCGCAGUGCGUAAACUGACUAACAUUCGGAAUCUUGAAGUAGGUUCAUUUCGCAGCGAUAAAGAAGAGUUAGCGGUUUUGGAAAAGCUGCCGAACUUAAGAAUUCUCCGGUUGGAUAAUGACCUGGUGGAUGAGACUAGCAGAAAUAGUGUGUAUAAAUUGGUGUGUUCUGCCAAUGGAUUUCCCAAGCUCGAGGUUCUUACACUCAGAAGCUUAUACAGAUUAGAGGAGUGGGAAGUGGAGGAAGGUGCAAUGCCGAAUCUCAGGAGAUUGAAUAUGAUUGGUUUGCAAACACUGAAGGCGAUUCCCGAGGGUCUAAAAUAUGCCUCCACUCUCCGCGAAUUGCAUAUGGUUGCAAUGUGGAUAGAUUUUGAAGACAAUGUUAGAGUCAAUGAAGAAGGAGUUGAAGGGAAAGAUUUCUACAAGUGCAUUCAGAAUCUUGAUUCUGCAUUUUUUCAGUUUACUGGUUUUGUUCUUAAAUCUGGUUCUCUGUUGAGACUUGAGAGUUUUGACUGGAACUCUUGUUGGUUUAGUACAUUUUUUGCGGAACUUGCCUGGAAGGUUACACUUGUUCCUGCUCAACACAUAAUUAGCUAG